AUGCUGCGGGCGCCUGCUCGGACGCCUCACUGCCCGUCGCGGCGGAGGCGCCGCUGCAAGCGCUGCCGCUCGCCUCCGGAACGUGCCAUGGAGAAUGGAGCCAACCCCUCUGCCAGCAGCUCGGUGGCUUCACCCUCAUCCUCCACGGCCACCUUCAAGGAGGAACUGCUGUGUCCCAUCUGCUACGAACCUUUCCGGGAAGCUGUGACGCUUGGCUGCGGCCACAACUUCUGCAAAGGUUGUGUGAGCCGUUCCUGGGAACACCAGCACCACGUGUGCCCGGUCUGCAAAGAAGCUUCCUCCUUUGAUGACCUCCGCCUCAACCACACGCUCAACAACCUGGUGGAGAUGAUCCUCAAGGAGGAAAGGCAACGGCGGGGCCGGGCGGCCGCCCUCUGUCCCCUGCAUCACGAAGAAGCCAAACUUUUCUGCUUGGAAGACAAGGAGCUGACAUGCUUUGUCUGCCAGAGCUCCAAGCAACACGAAGGGCACAAGAUGAGGCCGGUGCGGGAGACAGCGGCGGAUUUCAGGGCACAGGCUUGCAAGGGUGCUGAAGGCGUCUCCUCCCCGCAGGCCAAGUUGAAGAACAUGGAGACCACCCUGCGGGAGAAGGCAAAGGACUUUGGGGCCAUGCACCGCUCCUACGAGUCCAUCUCCAAACACAACCAGGUGGAGGCAGUGCGGCUGGAGGAGCAGAUUGGGAAGGAGUUUGAGAAGCUGCAUGAGUUCCUGCGGGACGAGGAAAAGGCUUUGCUGGCCAAGCUGCAGGAGGAGACUCGGCACAAACGUGGCCUCAUUGAGGACAAGAUGAAGCAGCUGGAGGAGGACAGCCAAGCCCUGCUUGACGAAGCCCACCAGCUCCAGGAGGACCUCAAGGAAGAUGACUACACCUUCCUAAAGACCCACAAGAACCGCAAGCGCAGGAUUGCGUGCACUGCUGAGGAGCCGGAGCCUGUACCUUCAGGGAUGAUCCUCGACGUUGCCAAGUACCUGGGCUCGUUGCGGUACAAUGUGUGGAAGAAGAUGUUGGACAUCAUCACUGUAGUCCCCUUCAGCUUCGACCCCAACUCAGCAGCGGGCUACCUGUUGGUCUCCGAGGACCUCACCAGCGUCACCAACAAGGGCUACAGGCUCCUGGUGGAGAACCCCGAGCGCUUCACCUCGGCCCCCUGCAUCCUGGGCUCCCGUGGCUUCUCCACUGGCUUCCACACCUGGGAGGUGGACCUGGAUGGCCUCGUGAAUUGGCGGGUGGGGGUGGCCAAGCCACGUGGUGGCAACCACUGGACCUUCCACCACGAUGCUCGCUCCGGUUUCUGGUACAUCUACCGUUUGCCUGGGAAAGACGGUGAGAUGUGCCGAGCGUCCAACGCGGCACGUUCGGAGGCAGGGUCGGGCGACCUGAAACGGGUGCGGGUGGAGCUGGACUGCGACGAGGGGGAGCUCUCCUUCUAUGACCCCGACCGCAAGGCCCACAUCUACACCUUCCACGAGAAGUUUGGUGGCACUGUCUUCCCCUACUUCUAUGUGGGGGGGACACCGGUGGGCACGCUGCCUGUAGCCCUCCGCAUCUGUCCCCUCCAGGUCCGUGUCCAUGAGGAUGUCCCCCUUUAGUGGCCACCAUCACCCACCACCACUUCUGCCUGAGUUUGAGGUUCUCCAGAUGUUUGUUGUUGUGGUUUUUUUUUUUCAGCUUUCCUCAGAAAAAAAAAAGGGAGGGGAAAAAAUUACCUGUGUAUGUACUGUCUCUUUUUUAUAUAAUUAAUAAACACUUUACUUUUCAGCUCUA